ACACCAUUAAUUAUUGAUCUGAGAUGAUGUCAUUUGACUAGGGCUGGAUGCCUACUGAUGCCUCAGGCAUGAAUUUAAUAUUCACGUGAUCUCGUGUUCUAUCAUGGUCUAUCGGACAUCAUUAGAACUUCACUCAGUCAGAUUCAUGCAACUGAGAGGAAAUACCUGAACAGAACAACAUCAAUCUUGCUGGAAUCACUUGCUGGAUCAUUACCAUGCUGUCCAUAACUCCAGUAUCAAUGGCCUGUCGGCCAUCACCCCGUCAUUUCGCGAAAGCCAUAUCAACCGCACGACCGGUUCUGUCUUCCAGAUCAUCGUGCAUUCGACGACAACCGUAUUCUGCCAAUCAAGCAUCGCAGCAGCCCUUCCGACCGAUAUCUCUGCAAUGUACCAGGACAUACUCUGCAUCCGCUACGACUCCUCCUUCCCAAUCUGUGGAGACCAAGUUAACCUGGAACCGAUUCCUUGAGCUGCGAAAACAUCGACGAAGAUACGGUCUGACCGCCUCGGUGGUAUUUGGCGUGGGAUGUGUAACGGGAGGCACCUCAUUCAUACUUUCAAGAGACCUGGAGGCGGCUGCCGCACAAAUGGUCGGGCUUGACCCCUUCAUCGUGAUGGGCCUUUCCACCAUGGGGUUGGGAGCAGUCGGCUGGCUUUUAGGACCUCUUCUUGGCAACGCUCUAUUCAAUAUCAUGUACAGGAAAUACCUACCCGAUUUUGCUUUGAAAGAAAGAGAGUUCUUCAAUCGCAUCAAGAAAUACCGAGUCGAUCCAAUCUCUUCAUCGGUGUCGAAUCCCGUCCCGGAUUAUUAUGGUGAAAAGAUCGGCAGCGUGGCGGGCUACCGGCAGUGGCUGAAGGACCAGAGAGCGUUCAAUCUCAAGCGCGGAAAGUUGACGUUUUGAGCUGGGAGAACCGUCCAUGCGACAAAUGGCAUCUCUACACUAUUGCUUCUCUUCAUGGCAUUGGAGUCACGGCGUUGGACUUCCCAUAAUCAAAGGGAUCACCUGUAUUUCCUUCGACCGUCGAAUAUGGAGGAAGGAUAGUGGGUAUUUCCAUGAAUGGGCUCCAAGAAGAGUCGGAAGCGACACGUCGGCCCACCCUCCCGAUCUUCAACAGAAGAGAAGAGAAUCCUUACGAAACGUGGGAUUAUGAUGCGGGGGGUGGAUCUUUUGUUUCUACAUUACCUACCGUGUUGAGAACCAUGUAUCACGUCUUUAUAGCAUAAAGAAGUUGCAAUUGAUU